AUGACACCCACUAUCAGUGACCGUAUCAAAGAUCGCUUCUCUGCACAUGAACUUGACUGUGGAUUUCUCAUGUGGUCUCGAUUAGUCACUCACUUUCGAGUUACCGGUGACGGCGAACUCAUGCGACUCACCAAAGAGUAUUACACUCUGGAAUACGAUGAAUUCGAAUCCAUGACCGAGUAUCUCACACAUAUCAAGCUACUCGAAGAACGGAUUGCCGCCACGAAAGUCGUUCUUACGCCUGACAAGCAGACAAUUCUCUGUCUCGCCAUGUCCCUUCCCGAUGAGCUCCAGUAA